CAGCAGACGAAACAGGUGCAUCGAGCAGUUAUGCAGGCCCUCCUGGUAUUCGCCUUGGCGUCGCUGGCGGCGAUGGCCGCGGGCGAAGCGCCCUCCACCAGCUACGGCGCGCCCUCCCGCCAGCUGCCAGGCCAGCCUCAGCGGCUCCAGGCGCAGCAGAAGCAGCAGCAGCAGCCACAGGCCUUCGCCCAGUCGCAGGCGCAGCCGUCAUUCGCUGCCCCGCAGCCAGUCUCUGGACUUUCCGCAGCCAGCUUCCGCCCCCAGUUCUUCAUUCCUGCACAGGACUUCUCUCGCCUCACUGACUCCUACCAACUGCCUACGUUCACCACCUCCGCCCCCACCACCACUGAGGCUGCCACCACCACUACUGAGGCUCCUUACAACUACGGCAAGGCGGAGCUGCGUGAGGCGGAGGAGAGCGGCGUGUACUACGUGCUGCAGCCAGACGGCCGCCUGCAGCGCAUCGCCUACGCCCACGGUCCCGCCCCCGUCUCCGCCGCCCCCAAGCAGCAGCAGCGCGCUGCCUCCAGUGAGCUGUCUGCUUUGCAGCAGCCAGUGCUCACCCCCGGCUACCUGGCGCGCUUCCAGUACCAGGACCUGCAUCCUGCCGGCGCUCCCAUCUACUCCUACAAACAACCCGAGCUCGUGCGCAUCAACUAG